GUGGAAUUCGAAAGGAAAUGUCUGUACAUGCACCAAGCUCUAUGAUCAUAAUGAAUGAAUGUGCUCUAGUUCUGUCGUUAAGCAAAGCCAACACACAGCUUGUUCUCUCCUGGCAGGUCUUCCGCUACAAGGCGCGCUGAUCGACUGCAUCAGCGUGCACGACAUGAGCAAGUGUGUGCUGAGCGUGCUGCUACGACAACGUUACUUCCUCUUCAAGACGAUCGGGUUGACGGUGGAGAAACUGACUGCCGAGGACAUCGCCUCCACAUUCCAGAAAUACCUCUCAGACAAGACGUUCAUCGCCUCUGACAUACGAGUGAAAGACUACGAGGACUUUCGGUUUCCUGGCUCUAAAGAGCUGGCCCACAUGUUUGGUUUUUACAUCACGACUCACGUGACUAGGGAAAAGGAUCUCACAAGACAACUCUGUGGCUUUCCGGUUACUUUCGAUCGAUGGGUGAACGAAAACAAAACGAAAAUCGACUGCAUACUCAUCAACCGCUUCAGUAAAAUGAGCAUCACCAGAUUCAAGGAUUGCCCUUCAGUUACCAGUUCUUUCGAAAUGACAGCCACUAGCGAACAGAAAACCACUGCUUGCGAACAAAAAAACACUGCUUGCGAACAGAAAACCACUUCUAGCGAACAGAAAGCCACUUCUUGCGAACAGAAAGCCACUGUUUGCGAACAGAAAGCCACUGUUUGCGAACAGAAAGCCACUGUUUGCGAACAGAAAACCACUGCUUGCGAACAAAAAACCUCUGCUUGCGAACAGAAAGCCACUUCUUGCGAAAAAAAAAACACUGCUUGCGAACAGAAAACCACUUCUAGCGAACAGAAAGCCACUUCUUGCGAAAAGAAAACCACUUCUUGCGAAAAGAAAACCACUGUUUGCGAACAGAAAGGCAACUGAGUGUCGACUUUCGUUAUAUUUAAUAUGACCCUAGGCGCAGAUUUAGUUGUGACCCAAAGGACCCGAUCCCCUAUUGAUAUAAAUCGACUAACCAGAUUUCGGCAGGGGCCAAGGGAUCUGCUUCCCUAUUUAGCCGGAGUCUCAGGGGCCCCACCCCCAUCUAAACCUCACCCUCCACCCCAUUUAUAGUUUUGUGUUAGGUGAUGAAUGAUGUUGUUUUUUAUUGACACUAUUAGUAAAAAUCGUGGAUCAACAUUUGAUAGCCGCAUGUCCAAACAAUUAUUUGCGUGAAAACCAGAUGAGUGUUGAUAUUAAUGUUGAGAAGGAUCUCUUGAACCAAAUCGUUACCGAUGCCUAUAAUGUUAACGUUUUCUGAUAUAAGCAGCAUAUCAACAUACCCAGGAGGCGCCUGUGCAGGGGGGUGGUUUCGGGGAUCAAUCCCCCCAGGAAGUAAUGUGUUUUUUCAAUAUAUUUAUGGAAGGAAACACCCCUCUAUAAUCUUCGCUCACCAAUCUAGACCCCCCUCCCCCCCCCCCCCCCCCCCCCCCCCCGGAAACCUCUAACCUUGCUACACAGACGCCUUCCCAGGCAGUACAUCAAUAAAAAGUGUGGCACAUCACUGCCUAAGAGAAAAUGGGUGGGGGUGGGGUGGGGUCACGUGGCAUUUAAGGGAUUUCAUAAUUGUUUUUUUUUUUUUUAAAUUUCUGAAAAUCGCAGUUCCAUUUUUGGGGUUGGGAUGGGAGGUGGGGUGGGGGGGACUGCACUGACUUCAACCUUUACUGUAUUACACUGAGUAACAACUGUAUACUAAAUAAAAUAAAAUAAAUAUUAAUUUAUUUGCAA